AGGCUCAUUAUCCUCCAGUCCAGGAGCAAUUCGCUUCGUGACCCUGCGUUGCUUAAUUGAUUAUUAGUUCAAGUUUAUUGCUUUUGACUGUCGCAAUGGAAGAAGACUGUGAUUUAGCUGAAGACUUUGACUGUCCAAGCCUUCUGUGUGAGGAACUGGAAGAUUUGGAUACAAAGAACCAGCAAGGGAGAAGGAGGAGGAGGCGGAGGAAGAGGAGGAAGAGGAGGGAAGGAGAGGAGGAAGUGUUUAAUCAGAGGGAGUAUGAAGAGGCAGAAGAGGAGACGGACCGAGAAGACAAGGAGGGGGAGAAAGAAAAGAAAGUUAUUGUGUCAGAAAAGGAGCUGAUGGUGACAGAGGGAGAAGAGGAGGAGCAGGUGAAGCCAGAGAGUAGGCUGGGAGCGGAGGAGGUGCAGAUGGAAAACAACAAGAUUGAGAGCAAUGAGGAAACAAUCACUGAUAAGCAGGACAAAGAAACAAAGAGUUUAGAAGAGAAAGAUGAGAGGAAAAAAUGUAGGAAGAGGCGAGGUCGGAAACAAAUUGAGCGAGGGAGAAACAGGAGAGGUUUAAAAGAUGUUAGUGAGCAGUUUGAGGAGGAAAAGGGGAGUCAAAUACAGGAGGUGACAGCAAUGAGUUCAGAGGAGAGCUCAGCUCUGUCAGAGCCUUCCAUUGGACUGAUGAACAGCUGCGACCUGUCUGAUCCCAUCUACCUGGGCUGUGGGGGGACGGGGCUGUAUUACCCUCAGGUUCCUCUUCCCCUGCUGUACUCCUCACAGCCUCCAGUCCCGAUCCAGCCUGCACCUCCUCAGCCUCACGGGACAAAACGGUCACACAGCCCUCCUCUACCUCACAGUCUCCCCCCGCAGGGCCCGCAGCCUCUCGAGAUGGAGAUAACCCAGGUCUACUCCACACGGCGCUCGAUUCGCUACAGCACCAAGGGUCGGGGCCGGCCACUGAGCUUCCCUUUGCUGCCAGGACUAGAAAGUGUGGACAGCUGCCUGCUUCCGCCUGCACCAAAGAAGAAAACACGAACACUCUACAGCACUGAUCAGUUAGAGCAUUUAGAGGCCUUGUUCCAGGAGGACCACUAUCCUGACACCGAGAAGAGGAAAGUCAUCGCUGCUUCAGUUGGUGUCACGCCUCAAAGAAUUAUGGUCUGGUUUCAGAACCGCAGGGCUAAAUGGAGGAAAGUGGAGCGCUCCAUCACAUCAAAGGUUGAACACAGACGGAGUAGAGCUGGAUGCAGUGGCAGCCCCCAACGCCAUCAAAUCAAUCCCACUCUACCCACAUUAGCACCCAACAGUAAGGGAGCCCCUUGUUUUUCUGGUCACUUUGCCUCCAAGCUGCCGCAGCUUGCCCCUGCAGCACCCUCUUUCCCCACCCUGUCCAACCAGACUCCACCCUCCUACAGUAGCCUGCUGGCCAGCCUCAACAGCCCAGGUCAAUCCAGAGUGAGGGAUGUGGGCCAGCACCAGCUUUCAUCUCAGGGGGGGUUGGCAGAAUACCACCCCAGCCCCAUGCACAGCCCUCCCCCCCUGCGGCGAGCCAGUCUCCCCCUUUUCACAACGACCUACAACCCCACCAACCCAACUCCACCUCUGUUUAACACCCUGGCUCACACCCCACCUCUGUUCCUGGAUGCUCUGGAGGCUGGCUCCGCUCUGGUCCAGCGUGACACCCAGUCUCUGCAGACUGACACCAGUUCUCUAUUUGACUUUGGGGAAAAGCUGGACUACCUGACCUCAGGCCAGCAGAACAACAACAACCCUCUUUCCUACCAACUCCAGACCUCCUACCCCACCAGCCAGCCGCAGCACCAACCUCAAGCAUCUCUGCCCCACAUGGCCUACCUCACCCCCUCCCCCUACCUCACCCCCAACCCUCCAGAUUCCAACCCUACCUCUUACCUGACCUUCGGCCCUGGAGGAAACUCCACUGGGAUGGUGACCUUCUCCACAGGAGGCCACACUUACUUCCAGUCCCAGAGCGCAGGACAAAUCUUGCUGCAGUCGGCCGGUCAUCACGGUGGGAUCACGGCGUACCAGUCGUACCCGUGGGGCAGCAUGUACAGUCAACCAGCCAUCCACCAGCGUACUCAGUGCCCUCCAGCUUACCCCGGCAGCUUGGGAGGCGCUCGAGAUCACCAGCCUCCCUCCUCUACCACCCUGCCUCCCCCUUCAUUUUACAACCUGGGGGACCAUGGGCCCUCACAUGCAAGCUCCCAGCGCUCAUCACACACCCAUACACACACCGUCACCAGCAGCAGCAGCACUACAGUCCUCCCUCCUGUGUCCACGCUGCGGCCCUCUCGCCUCCGAGCAGAGAUCACUCCAACCAAGACCGCAUCCCUGCUGCCUUCUCAGGUCAGCCCUGCCUCUCCAGACAGCUCUCCAGUGCCCCCCUGUGUCAAGAUUGAGUAUGACAGCCCUCGAGAGAUUCACAGCCACUUCCACUGCGACUUCUCCCCCAUACAUUUUUGACGUUUGAUGUGAUGUUUGUUUGUGUGUGAGUGUGUUUGAAGUGUCUGUGUUAAAGUGUCCUGUGUAAACAGGAGUACUUUCUGGAUGUUCUCAGAAAUAUAAAUGUAAGCAGGCUUGGUUGGGCUGCAUUUAGCUUGGCUGCAAUAAAUGCCCAUUGUUCUAUUUAUCUGUUAUUUUUACGUUUAACCAGCAUGGCUGUGAUUUUAUUCAGCAACCUUUAACAUAUUACUCCGAGGACUAUUUUUUUAUUGAGACAAUUAUGUUGCAGAGCGGACGGAGAGGGGCUUAGGAGGUGGGUUUAUUGCCUGGUGUAAUUGUUCCCUACAUCCCCAUCAAUAC